AUGCUAAUUUUAUAGUGAAAAUAUUAAUUAAAAAAAUUAAAGCACUCAGCGGUCCUUGAAUGUGUACAUAUGCACAUUGUUGUUUUUUAUAGAGAUUCUUCUUUUUUAUUCUCUGCUCAGAGAAUAAUAAAAGAAAACAUGUGUCACACCUGUCAGCCAGAGUCUUAAAGGAACAGUUCAACAUUUUGAGAACAGUCACAUGACACCUUUAAUGUCACCCACAAAUGACUUGUUACAUUUAAAACAUUUUUCAGUUUUUCUCAUUACAUAUUAUUUAUUCAGUUUACUGUUGACAUGUUACAUAUAUUAUAAUAUUUUUAAUCUUUUACAAUGUGACUGAUCUCAGGUUCACAAAGUUUGAAGAGCCUCGCUGUGGUUGCUUUUUUAAAGUGAUGCAAAAAUAUAAAAAUAAUUAUAACAGAAAAUAAAUGAUACACCUGAAUUGUAUUAAUACUAAAUGAAUUACAAUACAAGGGGAUAACUAUAAAGAACUCAGGCACAAGUCAUGAGCAGGAAAUAAUGUUUACAAUAUUUAUUAUUUAUGAAUUUUAUGAAGUCUGUCUUUAAUAUAAAUUAUUAGAAACCAGAUAUCAAAAGAGGGAGUUCUGAGACAGCUCCAAUAUGGUGAUAUGAAAUUCACUCAGAACAAUAAUUUUAAAAAACAACGGAUUAAAGAGGGAUGUUGAAAUGUUUUUUUUACAAAAGAUUUAAACAUUAAUUUAGUAGCACACGAAGAAGAGCUAACACAAUAAUGUGUGAAAAUCAACACAACUCUCUGUUAAUACAGCCAAAAAAGAUUUAUUCAGUAAUUACUACGUCAAUUUAUAUUAAAUGUAAUGUUUAUACAUGUAAACAACGGAAAUAGUUUCUUGUUCUACCCGGAAGAGAAUCGAAAAACACUUCCUGUCGCUGCUGUCACCGCUGGUUAGCUGUUAGCUGUAAGCUAGCUAAUGUGAGAGUAAAGCGUCCCUUUUAUCCAGUUUAUGUCAUAAAACAAUCUGGAACAAAUCAAACUCAGCGUAUCUCACAGUCAUGUACAUGCAAAGUGUCACUUUUAUUAAUUUUUAUCUCAAAACUGAAACAAAUUGAGUCCCGUUGAUGUUUCACGCAGCUAGUUAGCAUUAGCGGUUAGCAGUAGUUAGCGGCUGUGUUCGGCGGGCAGGAUGAGCUCCUCUGCGGCUCUACACACGCAGCUGGCCGCCGUCAUGGAGUCUCUGGUCCACGCUGCGGUGGCAGAGCUGAAGAAGCUGGCGGAGGACAGCUCGGCCUUCCUGCUCAGCCUGGAGGUCCGGACCGGCAGCACCGGAGAGGACCCACCUCUGACGGCCGCACUGGAGGUGGACACCCAGGAGAAGCUGGUGCAGUUUGCCUCCGUCAUGGAGACUCUGGGGAACGAGGCUCUGGGGAAGAUCAUGAACAUUGUUGAUGAAGCCAGACUGCUGGUGCAGUCGGAGUCAAUGAGGGGCACCACGAGACCACAGACCAGCGUCCUCAACAUCCUCAACAAUGCCCGAGUAGAAGUGGAACAUUCAUACGGAGUCCCAGCUGAGAGUUUGAACACACACAGAUCCACUCAGACCAAAUCAGAGGAGCCAGAAGGAAAAGAAAAUCCAUUUGUGCUGGCAGUCACCGUUAAAGACGAGCACGGCAACAUCGACAUCGGAGCGAUCGCUGAGAGAGCUGAGGUGGAAGCUGCUGAGCUGGAAGCUGCUGAGCUGGAAGCUGCUGAGCUCGAGCCGUCUGAGCUGCAGAUACACGAGGACGCUCCCGGCACACCAGGCUUUGUCCUGCAGAGCGUCACGUGGAAAUACUUGAUGUGUAAGGCCUGCGGGAAAUCCUUCACCUCUCAGAGCAACUUGAAGGCUCAUUAUCGCAUCCACACGGGCGAGAAGCCGUUCAGCUGCAGCGUUUGCGGCCGAGCUUUCCGUCAGCGGCAGGGCAUGCAGAUCCACAUGAGGACGCACACCGGUGAGAAGCCAUAUGAGUGUCUGGAGUGCGGAAAGUGUUUCUCCAAACAGACGCAGCUCAAGACCCAUGCUAUCAUCCACACCGGAGAGCAGCCGUUCAGCUGUGACGUGUGUGGCCGCCGCUUCAACCUGCUGCAGAACCUGCACCGCCACGCAAACACGCACAGCGGGCAGAAGUUCUUCUGCUGCCGUCUCUGUGGGAAAGGCUUCACCCGCGCUGUUACGCUCAGAUCACACGAGCUCAUCCACACCGGACAGAAGCCCUUCAAAUGUGAGCAUUGCCCCAAAACCUUCCGCCACACCGUCAAUCUCAAGUCCCACCUGAGGAUCCACAGCGGCGUGCGGCCGUACAGCUGCGAGCUCUGCGGGAAGAGCUUCCGCCAGUCGGUGAACCUGAAGAUUCACAAGAGGAUCCACACCGGCGAGCGCCCCUACAGCUGCGAGGAGUGCGGCAAGACGUUCAGCCAGCAGAGCAGCCUGAUCACGCACGGCCGCGUGCAUUCCAACGAGCGGCCGUUUGAAUGCAGCUCCUGUGACAAAAGAUUCAACAACGCCAACAGCCUGAAGCUGCACCUGCGCAUCCACACAGGAGAGAAGCCAUACUCUUGCGACAUCUGCGGCAAGAGUUUCAGCCAGGGCAGUCACUUGAGGACGCACAAGAGACACGUCCACGCCGGCGGCAAGCAGUACAUCUGUGACAAGUGUGGGAAGAGAUACUCUGACCAACGCAACCUGAAGAUGCACAAGUGCAGCUACGCCUGAAUGUAGCUGCCGUUUGGAACAGUCAGGGAGAAUUUAAUGACUUGAACUGUGUAUUUUGAGAUAGAACACUAAUUGUUGAAAGGGAUUUUUACUAAUCAUAGCCAAUACAUGUUGAAGUGGGCGGGGCUUCAGCUUCAGUGACCUGAACAUCUCCAGUUUGUCCCGUCACUUUAAAUUCUACCUCCUCUGAUCCUCAGUGUCUGUUGCCAAGGAGAUGGCAGUACCUGCAGCUGUGACAUCAUGAUGUUAGUUAUUAAAAUGAACUUUUAACUUCAGCUGCCUGACAACAGAGACCGAAGCUCCCUGAUUGGAUGAUUCCGACAGCAAAGGAGAUGGGAGAUCACUUUCGUUCAGUCUGUGACCUUUGGCCUCUCUCGGCUCAGUGUUAUAGAAUCAUGUAAGAAACUCCAUUAGAUUUAGAUUCAUAUCAGAAGUACGUCAUAUUCAGUCUGAGCAGUUAAUGUGUAUUUAUAUCCUGAAUACACACACCUGUACCUGUACAUACUGGAUAUUAGCCCUGCCCACUGAAAUACUGUAUUCCGAUUGGUAGAAGCCAUGAAUUUAAAGUUGUGUUUAUCAUGUUGAUGAUAUCGUAAAUGUGUAUAUAUGCACAUUGUUGCUUUUUAUAAUUUAAUAAAUGAUAUUUUUCAUUUG